AUGGAUCAAGCUCCCCCGGGCGCACCGCAGCAGCAGGGCAGACAGCCCCAGCCCCAGCAGCCCUACAACAUCGAGCCCGGUGGUCAUUAUGGUACUACAGGAUACGCGCCGCUCGCCGAACUGUACACCGGCACCUGGGCUAACGUGAAUCAAGGUCUCACAGGGCAGGCCCGUGAUAUCUUGACGACCUAUUGGCAGCAUGUCAUCAGCCACCUGGAAAACGAGAACCACGACUACAAGAUCCACCAGCUGCCGCUGGCGCGUAUAAAGAAAGUGAUGAAAGCGGACCCAGACGUGAAGAUGAUCUCUGCUGAGGCGCCUAUUCUCUUCGCCAAAGGUUGCGAUAUCUUCAUCACCGAGCUGGCGAUGCGCGCGUGGAUUCACGCAGAGGACAACAAGCGGCGCACCCUGCAGCGGUCCGACAUUGCGGCGGCUCUUUCAAAGUCUGAUAUGUUCGAUUUCUUGAUCGACAUCGUCCCGCGCGAGGAGGCGACCUCCCAUGCCAAGCGCUCGAGCCAGGCUGCGGGUCCAUCGGCGGGUGCAGCCGGCCAGAUGCCGCCGCAGCAUGGUGUGCAGCCACACCAGCACAUGGGACCUGCGGAUUACGGCUCUCUCGGUCAACAUGCUCUCCCUCAAGACCAAGAAUACCGUCCGCAGCAAGCGAUGUACGGUGGAGCCGAUCCCACGGCAGCGUAUGGGCAGCCGCAGCAACAAAUGUUUGAGGGGAUGUAUGCCUAUCCGCAUAUGCCUCCGCAGCAG